AUGAUAGAAGAGCUGCAUAUUGACACAGCUGAUGUCUUCUCAGAGACAAAAGACCAGGAAAAUUCGCUAAAAGGCUCACAACAAAUAACAACAACUAAUGUGCCAACUUAUAAUAACAUCAAUAAUAACAUUAAUAAUAAUAAUAAUAUUAAUAAUAAAUUCACUGACAAUGACCAAAGGUUAUACCAGUCCUUACUACGGGAGCAAUUAACAAAAUCCAAGGACAUUUAUAAAUGUGAAUCCAUAGAUUCUCUACCAUCUCUAAAGAGUUUAUCUCCAACUCCAUCACCUUCUUCUCCAUCCUUGUCGUCGUCAUCUUUACAACUCCAAAAUAAAUAUAUUCCUACUACUACUACUACACCUUCAGACAAUGCUAAUCUUAUUAUUAAUGACAAACCUUCAUAUUCUUCACAAAAAUAUUUUAAUAGUAUUCCAAUAACAACAAACUUCUUAAAACCAUCAAUGAAAUUCAAAGGCUUCCAAAUGUCAGGUUAUAAAAAAUAUCAAGUUAUAGUAGAAUUAGAAACAGUUGACUUACCCAUCUCUGCAGUAGAAACCCAUGAUAUAUCUUAUAACCAAACAGCUAAAUCAUUACCACCUUCAUUAACUCCUCAUAUGACAGGGCAUCUAACGAUAAAGGGAUUAACUCCACAAUACCCUGAAAUUACCACAUUUUUCGAAACAUAUGUUAUGAAUGAUAAAUUCGAUUUUUUCUCCUCUAAUUGGUCUUCAAACAAUCUAUACAAUGACGAUUAUUUGCAAGAUUUUAAAUCUCUGGAUGAAAUUGAUUUAGAUCAUUGGUUAAAUUUCCCCAUUUUUAAGAAAUUAUUUUUAUCGAACAAUGCUGAUGAUGAUAAGAAUGAACUAUUGAAUAGGUCCGAGAUGGAUUCAUAUUUGAAAAAUUAUCUAAAUAACAGAUUUGUUUUCAUGAGAUGGAAGGAAAAAAUGUUAUUGAAACAACAAGAUCAUGACCAUGAUUACUAUGACGAACGAGAUGAAGAUGACGGUAUCAAUGGUGCCUCAUUUGAUGGGUUUUAUUAUAUGGUUCAUGACCAAAUCAUGGGGUCAUUUAAUGGAUUUUAUUAUCAUGAAGAUGCUGAAAAAUUUCAAAAAUUUGAAUUGAAGCCAUUUCUUGAUGAUUACGAAAUUGAGAAUGAUAAUGAUAAUGUACGAGGUUUCUCUUCAUUUGCAAAUUCAAGUUUUGAAUUUGCGUAA